UACUUUAUAUAAUUUAUAUAAGCAAAAUCAUUUUGUGAAAUGAGUAUCUACUUUUAUUUUUAGUGCCCUAUAUAUCCAAUAAAUUUGCUUUCCAGUAAGUAUGACAUAGCCUUUGUUAUAUAUGUGUGUGUGUGUACACACUAAACAUGAGCUGUUAUCUGAUACCUGAACAGACUGCCAUACGGAGCAUGUCUACUGACUGUGUGAGGUCACUCUCAGACAAAGCCGAGCACACACUCACCAUGCACGAGCAUCUCUAUGGGAAUGCAGAAAUGGACAAUCAGAAGCACAAUUCUGAAGAACAUCAGCAAGACAACCUGGGACAGAAGAAACCUCGGAGGAAAGACACUCCUGUACUCAACAGCCCUCCACUCAUUCCAGGUGUGAGACUGAUGAAGACAGAGGCUCGAAUGAUUCACCAGGAGGAUGAAGAGAAGGAGAUGAAGAAGUAGAUGUGUUUUUCAAAAGCUUUGGUUUUCAUUGUUUUAUUUUUGAAUGUUCACUGAGUCUUCAUUAAAUGUAGGCUUUGCAUAUA